AACAUAAUAAAAAGUAAGAAUGAAGGAGUUGCUUACAUGACAAAAAAUUGGUCCAAGUUGAAUAGUCUUCUCCUCUUCCCAUUUCAGAUCUGAGAUUCCUCUGCCCUAAACACACUCUUCAUCAAUUUUCUGUGAGAACUUCAUAACUGCUGUUGUAUUUUUCUGGGUAUUUUGCUGUUAGAAUCUAGGAAUUAGGUGCCUGCCUAGGUGGAAUGGGUAUGGCGGGUAUCCAAGAAAAUGGGGGUGGGGAGAUGGGAUUGGGUGGCCUGCCUUUGGGAGCCAAGAAUAAGUAUAGAAGAAUGGAUUCGGAGUUGACUGAUUAUGAUGGGGAUUCUGAGCAACAGCAUCAGCUGGAGAACAAGAGGAGCAGUACAAGGAAAUAUGUGUUUGCUUGUGCAGUUUUUGCCUCUCUCAAUAAUGUCCUACUUGGCUAUGAUGUUGGUGUGAUGAGUGGAGCAAUCAUAUUUAUUAAAGAAGAUUUAAAUAUUAGUGAGGUUCAACAGGAAGUUCUUGUUGGUAUUUUGAGUGUGAUUUCUCUAUUGGGUAGUUUAGGUGGUGGAAGAGCAUCAGAUGUUCUUGGUAGAAAAUGGACAAUGGGCUUAGCCGCUGUUGUGUUUCAAGCAGGUGCAGCUGUGAUGACUCUUGCUCCUACAUUUCGAUUAUUAAUGAUCGGGAGAAUCUUGGCCGGUGUUGGAAUUGGCCUCGGAGUCAUGAUUGCACCGGUAUACAUAGCUGAGAUAUCACCAACAGUUUCCAGAGGCACAUUGACAUCAUUUCCUGAAAUUUUCAUAAAUGCCGGAAUCCUACUUGGGUAUGUCUCGAAUUAUGCAUUUUCUGGUCUUCCGGCCCAUGUGAACUGGAGAAUAAUGCUCGCAGUGGGAAUUCUGCCUUCAGUCUUCAUUGCAUUUGCAUUGUGCAUAAUCCCUGAAUCCCCUAGGUGGCUAGUUAUGAAAAACAGAAUAGACGAAGCUAGGUCAGUACUUUUAAAAACGAAUGAUGAAGAGUCCGAGGUUGAGGAAAGACUCGCAGAAAUACAAUUAGCUGCCGUGGUGAGUCCUGGUGAGAAAGCUGUAUGGCGUGAACUGAUGUGCCCUUCUCCCGCACUUGGAAGAAUGCUCAUUGCUGGUUUCGGGAUACAGUGCUUUCAACAAAUUACGGGUAUUGAUGCAACUGUUUAUUACAGUCCCGAGAUUUUUAGAGCAGCUGGCCUUGACGGUAAUUCAAAGCUUCUUGCUGCCACUGUUUCAGUGGGAAUCACGAAGACCGUGUUUAUACUAGUUGCUAUUAUACUUAUUGAUAAAGCUGGAAGAAAGCCAUUGCUCUACGUUAGCACGAUUGGCAUGACAAUCUGCCUGUUUGGCGUGGGCAUCUCUCUCUCGCUAUUCAGUGAAGGAUCAUUAGGAAUUGCAUUGACAAUUUUGUUCGUUUGUGGAAAUGUAGCAUUCUUUUCUGUGGGAGUUGGUCCUAUUUGCUGGGUUUUGACUUCUGAAAUCUUCCCUUUAAAGGUUCGUGCGCAGGCAUCCGCACUUGGGGCAGUGGGGAAUAGAGUAUGCAGUGGCGUAAUAGCCAUGUCCUUCCUGUCGGUUUCCCAAGCAAUCACAACGGGCGGAACCUUUUUUAUCUUUUCAGCUAUUUCAGUACUUGCUGUUAUCUUUGUUUACAUAUGCGUUCCAGAAACAAAAGGUAAAUCCCUAGAGCAGAUCGAAUCAUUGUUUCAAAAUGAAUAUGAGACGCCAGGAAGUGAACUUCAGCUCGGAGAUGUUGAACAUUUGGUGGAGAAAUGACAACUUUUUUUCGGCACAACACAAUUCUUGGUAGAGAAACUGUCAUGCAGCAUUUGGGAAUCAACAAUCUAUAGUUCAGAUUCUACUAUUACUUGAAAUUUCUAGUUCUUGCACACGAAACCGACUUUGGUGAAUCUAUAUAUCUGGUGAGCGCGUAUUAAAAAUGUACUGGGUAACAUACAUUGAUGUUAGAUUUACUUGUUGGAUGAAUAAAAGAUUAUAUUCAUUUACUGCCGCAUGUAUUUUUAUAAGCUUGUUCUGUAACGAUUGCCAUUCGGGUUUAUAUUUGUGUAAUGAUUUUAAACAUCUGCUCUUGUUUAGACUUACGACUUGAGCUGCGAGUCUUCUGAA